ACGGUACGCUACGGCACAAUCGCACAGUGUACGUAUACGACGGCGCGAGCGCACGAUCGUCGGUCCCACCAUCUCGCUUUCGUCCGAACUGCGCCUCCGUCGUCCGAUUCGGAAUCGCACGCGCCAACUCUUCGCGAUCAAGCGAGGGAGUUUGGAUGCGCCAGACGCGGCGGCGUGACGCUUUGAACGACGACGACGAGGACCGUUAGAUCACUAAGGCUGCGGGGGGGAUCCACGCGGACGGAAGGAAGAGAGAGAUAGAGACAUAAGAGGAAGAAAGUUACGGCGUCGAGUUCUGCGGUGGCAACUAUGCGCGUCAUCGAUCGCGCGCACCUCCGCGAUCGGCCGGAGAUGUGAUACCGGAAGUAGACCAGGCAGGGUUGACCUGCGUGGGCGUGCAGGUACGCGACGUACGGGUGCGUGCGUGCGUGCCGUGCAUAGGCCGCAGGUGUGCCGCGUGGACCCGCGGGGGGGCCAGCAGUCGUAGAGAUGAGCGUCGCCGCGAUAACCUGCCCGUCACCGACGUACCUGACGUCGGGGACCAACCCCUGGUGCAGUACCACCGCUGUGCGGCUGCUCUGCGUCGUCUUAGUUUCCUCUUGGAUUAUCCUCGAUCAGCCGGCCCUGGGUCUACCGAAUCCCUCGGAGCUCACGACCGUAGAAGAUCUAUCCGAUAGGGGCACGAAAAAGUUUGGUGAUGAUUGUCAGAUGGACAAAGAAUGCGGCUUUGCUGGCUCCUAUUGUGAACCAAAAAAGAACAAGUGCGCUUGCAAGGAAGAAUUUGAAGCUACGAACCAUAUCGACAAGUGCGGACACGCGGCGAAUGUGAACGAGUCCUGUUUCUUCCAUGAGCAAUGCGAGGCGCGGGUGAUCCAAACGGAAUGUCGCGAUGGUCGAUGCAUCUGCCUCUUCGAGAAAGUCCCGAUGAUGCAUGCGGACGGUGUAAUAAUCUGCGUAGCUGAGGUCAAAGAAUCACCCAGCCUCCAGUACAUCGAUCCAGCGAUGAUCGGCGUUCUUGUUGGCAUGGCAUUAAUGUUCGUCAUCAUUUGCGUCGUUCUUAGACUUUUCAGCAGGGCUCGCUGGCGAGAGAACCGCACUAUCUUUAAUACACCCAAUGCGCGAUUGAUGAACGUCUCACUACUGAGAGAGAACAAACUUUUGCACACUCAGGAGAGACGCGGCUCGAGAGCGAGUGUACGAGCUCCAUCCAGGCAACCCUCGAUGGCAUCCUUGAGGGCCCACUCACCGAACGCCUCGCAAGGGUCACGCACAGGAUCGCGACGUGGGAGUCACAACAGCAGCGGGAACGCUUCAGCCGCCUCGGUGAAAUCUAAUAAAUCUCCGAAUCAUACGAACAACGUCGCCGAACCGGUCCUGGAGAACGUCACCAUCGAGAUUCGCAACGCGAAGGCAUAAAAUAGGACCGUCUUAGCACAAACAAUCUGAUCGACAACACAUUCCUGUUUAUCACUAGCCCAACGUAGAUUAACGCGGCGCUACAUCGCAUAGUUCGCCGUCCGUAAAUAAAUCUUCGACCCGCGCGUAUAAAUUGGCCAGCUCGGUCUCCAUGUUUCCGUUCAGUGGGUUGAGGAACGAAAAUUUAACGUUCGAUAAUGCAAAUAUCAUUGGUAAAUACUUCGCCUAAAUCGCGACGAAAUAUCGACGAUUUGAGAUCUCGACUGAUGUCAAGAUCUCGACGAGGUGGAGGUAUAAAUUAUCAGUAAUUGGGAUCGCCUAUGUAUGUAUUGAUGCUGCUUUAGUAGGAGAACCAUCCGAUUAGAUUAAUUGCGAGAAGUCUUUUCAGCGUGUUUCUCUUUUGAUAUAAUUCGGUAUUCCUCUAUUUAAUAGAACGUAAUCUAUAAUAAAACGUAAUUGAAUGAUCGUCAAGAACAUUGAUUUUUAUUUAAGUUUCUUAUUUGCUGAUAGAAAAACCAUCUCAAAGAAAUAGAAAAGAAAUAUAGUUCAUUAAAAAAAUAAACGUAAACUAUCAGUAACGCCUAUUAUGAUGUUUUUAGCAAUAGUUGUAACUAAAACUGACCGAUUAGUGAUAUUAGUCGUAUUGACAUCAAGUUUAAUUGUUUAUAUUAACUUGACGGAAUGUUAAUGAGCUGUCUUAAGAACAGAGAAUUGUUUAGCAAAAAAGCGAUUCGGUACACGCGAUCCAAUACGAUUGUUUACACGAAGUUAUGAAAUAUUUCGUAGAAAAUAUUUCGGGAGAAAUUCUGUUUGAAGAACAUUAUUAAAAAGAUGAAAAAAAAGUCCGGUGCAAUAAAUUGAGAGAAUUUAAAAUGAGAGAGAUGAAAAUUAUCAUAUCUCUUUAUACUGUGACAAUGUAAUUCUGUUACUCGUUUGAUGCAGUUUCUCGUCCUUUUACUUCAUGAUUUACUUAAUUAUUUCAGGAAUCAAAAUGCGCCAAUGUAACAUUUGCGGCAAUUUCGAAACAUACCUGUAAUGCAAAGGCCUUUCAGACCAAGCGGUUGCGAACACCGCAUUCGAUUUGUUUAAUGAAAAUGUAUGUAACAUACGUAACAAGUAAUUGGUGUAUCAUCAUAUGCUAAUAUCCAGUACAUCAAAGUUGCAUAGAGAACGCAAUAUACACGCUCAUAAAAUAUUUCGCAAAGGAUAUAUCAAGAGCGAAUAUAUCCAGUAAUAUAACAUGGUUCAUUAAGGAAGUUAUGAAAAAAAAGGUUGCAAUUGACUGUAAAUUGUUGGUCCAUAUACAGCAAUUAGAAGAUCUCGUUACUCUUAAGAGAAAAGUAUAAACAGCAAAUUAAAGCGAAUAGUUUUCUUCGCUUAGUGCUAACCAGUCGAUUCACAAAUCAUAGAUCACAUUAAGGAUUGAAGCGAGGACAAGUCAUUCACAGCGUCGAUAUGAUAAAAUCAGACGCGUAUGCCUUUUCCCUGAAAGUUUUUUUUCGGUAUGUGACGCAGCAUCGAGACACGGCAGAACGACGAUCGCGGGAUCAACGAUUAUUAAAUCCUUUACAUCGACAGCGAUGCUGCGGCUCGAUUAGCUCGCGAUAAGCCAACACGAAAGGGACCAGAGCAGAGCGCGACACACGUUUUUGGAGGUGCGAAGUUGAAAACGAAGUGCGUUGCCGGAUUCGCUAAGACGGUGCCACGCGGAGAUGAAGAGUGCAUCUCACGAAUAUUAAGCCAUAUACAAUCAUAAGCAUAGCACUGAAUGAUAUAUAUAAUUACACCAAUUAAAUAUAAUCAGCACGAGUAGACGACAUUUCCUCGAGGUAUGCACCAAACUUUCACAGAAGAAAGGUACUGCUUAAGAAUAAAAAUUUUCCUUUAUUGUAAGAGAAAUUUUUUGAUGUUUAGAAAUUCUUUUUGCCUACUUUGAGAGUUUGUUACAAUAUCCACAUUAAAUAUUAGCGAAGAAAAUUAGAAUACAAUAGAAAAUUUGAAAGAGAAAUAUAAGAGAAAGAGAAAAAAAAAAAGAGUUCCAUUCAAAAGUGUAUAUCUUAUUACAAGAUAUAUACUACUAUACAUAUUAUCAGAAAAAUUGAAAAUAAUUGCAAAUUCUCAGAAAACUCUAAACAAUUUUAGAAAAUCUUUAUUCAAGGAAUUUUAUUUAAAUAAAAAUUUUUUAUCUUUUUUGAAAUCUUGUAGCUUGCUGUUCCACAGCUUUCUAUAGAAAUCUAUAUGAGGCAUUAUUGUUUCUAUCGAAUUAAAUGAGUAAAACUCGUAGAAUGACCAAUAGACAUGUAUAUUUCUAUUUUGUUUUAUAUACGUAUCGCAAUGAUACGUAUAUCGACAUUUUAAUAUUUAGUGUUAAUACUCACAUAACAGAUUCGUCCCUUCUCGCAAUCAAAGUUAUCGCUAACGCCGAGCUCGAGAAUAAGUAAAUAUAUAAUCACAAUUCGAAAUCUGAUAUUCAUGUUUGUGUAUUGAUAAAUUAAAUUCAUUAAACAUUCAGAUGGAAAUGUACAUCGAGCUCGACAUUGAUAUCGGCAAUAAUUAAUAGUUGGAAAUUUAUGGCUUUCUCCUUAUUGGCGACGAGAAGCAAGAGAAAGAGGGGUUGAAAAGAUAAAAAAUAUAUUAAGAGACAUAAUUCUUUAAAAAAAGGAGGCAUCAAAAGAUGAAUCUAUAGUUUGUAGCAGUCCAAAGAAUAUGCAUAUAAUCCACAAAGUUCUUAGAAUAAGUAAUUUGGAAUCACAUGACGUUAUUAAUUAUAAUGUUACUAAUUAUAUCAUAAGAUUUGUCGUUUAUUAUCGCUUUUGCCUCCUACAACUCCUCUCUUCUCUGUGAUACGAUCUCUGCGAUUUCAUCUUGUCAAAUUUUGCUCACGCGACAUAUUUUGAUCGCUAGAAAAAUGCUUUAUCUUUCUUUGUUGGAAAUAAUAAUAAUAACAGCAUUUGUAUUA